AUGAAAUCCGAGAUUGAGAUGACUCUUGUAGGAGAACUAACUUACUUUCUUGGUCUUCAAGUAAAGCAAAUGGAGGACAAUAUUUUUGUGUCUCAAAGCAAGUAUGAUAAGAGCAUAGUGAAGAAGUUUGGUCUUAUCAAUGGAAGCCAUAAGAGAAAUCCUGAUGCAACUCACUUGAAACUUUUUAGGGAUGAAAGUGGAGUUGAUGUUGAUCAAAGUAUCUACAGAAGUAUGAUAGGAAUUUUUCUAUAUCUCGCAACUACUAGACCUGAUAUUACAUUUGUUGUAGGAGUAUGUGUUAGGUACCAAACCAAUCCUAAGAUGAGUUAUCUUACUCAAGUGAAAAGAAUCUUGAAGUACAUAAGCGAGACCUACGACUAUGACAUAUUGUACUCUCAUGAUACAAAUCUCAUACUUGUAGGGUAUUGUGAUGCAAAAUGGGUUGGAAGUGCUGAUGACAAAAAAAGUACAUCAGGGGGAUGUUUUUUCUUGGAAAAAAAUCCGAUUUCUUGGUUCAACAAGAAGCGAAAUUGUGUUUCAUUAUCUAUUGUUGAAGUUGAGUACAUUGUUGCUGGAAGUAGUUGCAUGAAAUUACUCUAG